AUCUCUUUUCCGCUUCUCCUCAACUCCCUUCCCUUCCACUCUCUCCCCUGAUCCGCCAAUUGCCCCUCGCAAACCACCACCUCCGUCAAAUAUCGCCCCUCCCCGACAACCUAACCAUUAUGCUGACGCUUUCGACUGCUGCUGGCGUGCUGUCAAGGCCUCCGGGAGUGUGGUCAAUUCCUGAGGGUUGAUUUGAUAGGCAUGCCUCCCACCAACGAAAAUUUUGGAGGCUUGCAUCAAUUCACCGACGCUGGCACUGCUAUGUCAAUACAUCAAGGCUCUUGAUCAAAGCUUCUGAUGACCUAACAGCUAUCAAAUAGCUUAUAUUUAUAUUUCGAGGAGAAGCUAACCACGCAUGCACACACACACACACACACACACAUACACACACACACAUAUUUACACUCAUAAUUAUUUUUUUCCUCAGAAAAAGUAUGUAUGCUGGCUUAAUUAAUCCUCCACCGACAUAUCAAUGGACGAACGUCUGUUUGCCAUAUUUCCGGUGCCUUUUGGAAGAGGACGAACAAUACGGUAUCAAUUGCAAUCCACGCCGCAUACCGUUUUCUUGACUCGCUGCCAUGCCACGUCACUUGCGUCUACAAUCUAUCAAUUCAAAACCGACGAAAGAGCCGCUCAAAGGUAUCAUAGCCGUGCGAACUGCAAAUGGGUGACUCGCAAGGGGAACUGCGCGAUUGUUUGUAGAACAGGUCAAAAAAGAAAGAAUAAAAUGUAAUAACUAAAGUUUGAACAGUUGUCAUUACCAGGACCGGCUUCCCCCCCCCCCCCGAAGAUUGACAUUUUCUUCGCCAAUUGAUGGAUAGAACACACAUGUGGGCGGGGAAUUUCGGCCGGGCGACUCGGGACUUGGGUGUCGACCGUUCGGUGUCACUCAGGUGAUCAAAUAACUGCAGAAACGGUAUCCCCCCAUUUUGUUAACGUAUCAAUUUUAGAAUUUUUGGAUGCUUCAACGACCGAACCAACCUGUCAUUGAUGACUACGGUAUUUUAGCGAGUUCGUCAAUCACACAUACCAGACUCGUUGCACGCCUAUCUUAACGCCCGGUUAUCGCAGAGGAGUAUCGCCAAUCACGUGGAUUUGCCGUAUUUCUAUCCGGGGUCUUGGUGCAUAACGUGUGCCCGAACCCCACGGUUUCAAGAGGACAACCCGGACAUAUCGAAAAGGUCUAUCGCACGUCGCAACAUCUAUCUGUCAUGCCAUCCGCGCUAUCAAAUUCUGCUCCCCCCAGACCCGAUUCCCGAAGUAUGGGAAUAGUGGUUUCAUUGUGCAAGCGAAAAAAAAAAGAAAAAGAAAAAAAGCGGGUACGAUCGGAUCUGUUUGAGGAUAACUUCUUCUCCUUCCUUUCUUCUUUCUAGAAGCCAAAGUCCUGACAUAAGAUCGCCCUCUGUCUUAAGCGGCCCAAAGAACGCCAGGACGCACACCUAACAAAAGUGAGAUUGAUGGUUUCAUGACUGAAUUUGUCCCUCUGUAACAGUCCCCCUAGUGGAUGGUUCCAGGGGUAAAGACGCAGGCCAUAGAUUCGCGAAAACACCCACAGCACUUUUGGAUACGACUGCUACCGCUAGUUUCAGCUUGUCGAUAUCUCUGGGGGCUUGGUAGCGAAUGCUCUUCGCAGCGGUGAGGAGACGAGACGAUGAGCAAGUACCGGUAGGUGGAGGUGUGGAGCUGGUAGUGCAAAUCACAAUGCAUUGAGAUGCAAGUUCAGUGUUUGAUCUGGUUACCCAGACGCGUAUACCCGACUUUGUUACGCCAUGGCGGUCUAUCGGAUUAUAGAACUGAGCAGGUACCUGUAUAAGGCUCUGGGGACUGUGAUAGGACACGGGGCAGAUGUGGUGGAUCGCCAGGCGGAAGACUUUUUCUUUAGUAUCGGUGCUUGAGAUAGGGGAUCGGUUCUCUGGAAUGACUAUAAAUGUGAAUUGCCAGAUAUGCCAUUAAGCGGCCUAGCUUUCGAGGAAUUCCCGGGACGGAAUCAGAUAUGUUUAUCUGACAAUUGGAAGCUAGUGCAUACUGCGUACCUCAUUCCCUCUCGAUAUGCUUGUGCUCAUAUGGCCUUGGCUCCCAAAAGAAAAAAGUAUGAAGAUUCGGCAUGCAUGGUAUUCCCAUGACGGUGUAACAAGGUGACGAAGACAAACCAGAAAGGAGGGGGCCGGUGACAGGUCUUAGUCAUUGGAUUUGGAUUUUUCGAGGCACCGGGUGUUUCAUGUUGUUGGUCGGCCAUUGGACUGUGGACCCCUAGAAGAACCACCGUUGCCACCGCCGAGUGAGAAGACUGGACGAUUUAAGGUUAUACAGCAGCGAUGUCCCUGCUUGACGGGGCAAGGCACUGCUUAUUCGCUUUUGGGAAUAUUUGAAACGCCCGUUUGAGAUGGCUUGGUCUGUAAACGAUUCUGGACGUUAACCCCAGAGCGGAUGCCAGGGCCGCGAAGAAUACUCCAAGGGGUUGAGUGAAACGUGAUAUAGCUUCAUCGUAUAGGUUCCUGGGCAAAAGCAUCUACUGGAAAGAAGCUAGCUCUUCUGGACAUUUCCACUAAAGCGGCUUGCAUUUAUGCUGGAGAAGCAUCUCGGGUUGCACGGUGGGGUCGGGAGAGCGGAGCAUAGUCUAAGUGAGAGGUGAGCAAUAAUUAGACCAGCCCUUACUUCUUCUAAACUGGGACACCCAUGUCCAGCUGUGGCUAUAACACGCACCGGGGUUCUGGGCAAGUCUGUCGAACUUCUUCUAAUUGGCUCCAAGGCCUUUCCACCCGCCCAGAGAACAGUACAGGUAUUUGCUCCAGCCACGGCGCCAAGAGUUCGACAGACUUUGCGCACACCAUAGCACUUGUUUUUCUCUCCAUGUUCUAUCUACUCUAGGAAACUAUUGCAUUUGGUGUAAGCAAAAGUGGGUGUAAGAAUGUUGAAUAUAUUGUGCUUCGCUCUCUCCGCACGAGAUAUUAGCUUGUUUUCGCUUAUGCCUGGGAUGGCACUGGAGUUGCGUCUCGGCCGUCUUUCGCAACAAGAGGCAAGAUGGUGAUACCGUGACAACUCUGCUCUCUCAUCACGGAAGGACACGAGCUAAUUGAAAGCUGACUGAGGAUCUGCGAUGCCGCGCACUGUUCGCUUGAGGGGAGCAAUAAGCUGUUUUCCCUUUCUUGGCGAUUUGGCCUUUUCCUCUGAAAAGCGAGCAGAAUCGGAAACGACACCGUCACACCAAAUACUGCUUUCAGCGAAGUCACCGUUGAACCUCGCAUGGGGUACGAUACUUUGCACCUCUAGUCUUUGCUAUGACAUAUGCAGGCCCCGCCCUUUCUUGCGCCGUCAACCAGGGGCUUGCAGGAAGGCAUCUCCAACGGCUCGGAUAUCGCUGGAAGGAAAGGGGAAAAAACAUUAGUCGCGCUUACACUACCUGUUUCGCUGAUACCGCCGUUGGCCCGCGAUGGACAAAGAGACCCACGCCAUAAGGAGGGGAAAAAAAAAGAGACCACAUUCCUAAUACUUCAAAGUCCUCUACCGACGGGCUACUGACAUAAUGUACCGUACUCUAAGUCAAGUGGCAAUGUGAUCAGGGGAUGUCGGCACCAGUAGUGAAUGGCAAAUAGCGUAAGUGAAGGGGCGGGGAAAACAGAUGGGGAAGGAGUGGGGGGAGGAAGUGGUCUGUACUGGUACGAGAGCUUAUGAGGAGCAAACCCUACCAGAAUAAUGGAUUACGGUACUGGUACUCACUUGUCAAACAAAGAUUCAAUGCAAUACCAGUACUGGAUUCUGGACGGUUCGCUCGGAUGGAGUCAAAAUCUGAUAACCGGAGGAUUACGUCGAGGGUUGGCUCACGCACCGGUACCACAACGAUUCCUGAAACAGUGCGCACGGGGCUUCCCCUCUCGUCCGAGAGAAACCGAGGUUUUGGGAUCACGGCCGAUGAGCCCUGCCUAGCUAGGCAAUUGGGAGCAAAUGGCCUGAAGGUGAGAACAAAUAAAACUCAAAAACGAUGGAAGAAAGAAAAGUAGCCAGACUAGGAAGUCUAGAUCGAAUAGUAGCCAUCUUUUUUUUUUUCUAAUUUGAAUUUUGAACAAAGAAUAGUAGCAAGGGAACAGACUAAUUAUGGGCUAGAAAACGGUCUGUUGGAUUUAUCGAUUUCUCUCUACCGUUCUUUUAUUGCAUAUCAAUGCGAACAUUUCUUACCAUAUUUGGGCCGCUCAUAUAUUUAUUUAUUUACGGUAACAGUGCGGCAGUCUUCCGGUAUCAGGCUAUUCUUGGUGGAAGUUGGUUUGGUAAGCCUGAUUGGGUAACUCAGGGAGACUACCGGUAUGGUAGUCCCAUCCAGCCCCUGAUCCGAAAAAGCCUGUGGUCCGUCGGGUUGGGAUCGUCGGGUUCGCUGUUAAUAAUAAUAAUCGGCAAGGCUAGGC